UUUGGCUCAGUUAGUGGCAUUAGGCCGGUUUUUCCACCAAGCUCCGGUUGUGGGUUUUGGGUGCCAUGAUGAUGUCUGGAAAUGGAGACGGCGGCCCUACUGGGCUCAAGGGGAAGCUUGCCUCUCUCGAGGAUUUUAUCUCCAUGCAAAAUGAGGAGCUCGCAGCUCAACGGCAAGAGAUCGAGAGCCUCCGAAACGAUAAGGCCGGCGUCGAGGAACAUUACCAAGGUCAACUUCAGGAACUGAAGAGGACCAUGGUUGGUGAUGUCCAGCGGCUGCAAGAUGAGGUCAAGAGGCAUUUUAUUCAACAAAAGGCAGAGAAUCAACGCUUGCAACAGCAGAUCACGCAACUGAAAGGGGAGAAGACCUCUUUGCAGCAGCAACUCCUCGGACUGCAGCGAAGGCUCCAAGAGGUGGAAGAGCAGGUGGGCUGCGAUUGAAACUCCAGUAGAGCAAGGCUGAACCUUGAAGGAGGUAGCAGCUCAUGCGAGCGCGCGUUUGGGCAGCGUUGGGCACGGUACUUGUCAAGCAAGCACCUCAUCGCAGCUUCUUUUUCGCGAGAAAAAGGUCCGACGCUGCGCCCUUGCAGAGGUGUUCGGCACUUGUACCAGCGCUGCGGUCGCUGGACUUGGCAUGAACGAAGUCUAGGAUUGAACACCGCCGGGCACCGCGCUGGUGCAGUGCUCGGUGACAUCUCGUCGUCGACAUGCAGUGCUUCGCAGACGAACGAUGUCUCAACAGACUUGUUCAUGGCAUGCCGC